UUGGUGGGGCCGUUUUCCCGGCCGGCCCCAAAGUUCGGCUUUAGAGCAGCAGCGGGGAAGGUUUUAUGCGAGGGACCGAACAUGGCGGCGGCCUGCUGCAGUUUCCUUUUCUACAUUUGACAGAACAAAGAAGGAGCCACCAUGCCAACUGUGGUGGUGAUGGAUGUGUCCCUCUCAAUGACCCGGCCCGUUUCCAUCGAGGGCUCUGAAGAGUACCAGCGCAAACACCUUGCAGCUCAUGGCCUGACCAUGCUGUUUGAACACAUGGCCACCAACUACAAACUGGAAUUUACUGCCUUAGUCGUGUUUUCCUCCCUCUGGGAACUGAUGGUUCCCUUCACAAGAGACUACAAUACACUCCAGGAAGCCCUGAGCAAUAUGGACGAUUAUGACAAAACAUGCUUGGAGUCAGCCAUCCUUGGGGUUUGCAAUAUUGUGCAACAGGAAUGGGGGGCAGCCAUUCCCUGCCAGGUUGUCCUUGUCACCGAUGGCAGCUUAGGCAUUGGCAGGGGCUCUCUCCGCCACUCUUUGGCUACUCUCGGCCAGCGAAAUGAAAGCAACCGCUUCCCGCUGCCCUUCCCUUUCCCAUCAAAGCUCUACAUCAUGUGCAUGGCCAAUCUGGAGGAGCUCCAGAGCUCAGAUUCUUUAGAUUGCCUCGAACGCCUCAUAGACUUAAACAACGGAGAAGGCCAGAUUUUUACUAUCGAUGGACCCCUUUGCUUGAAGAAUGUGCAGUCCAUGUUCGGAAAGCUAAUAGACGUGGCUUACACGCCCUUCCACGCUGUUCUGAAGUGCGGUCACUUGUCUUCAGACGUGCAAGCCUUUCCGAGGCCGGAGCCUUUCAUUAUAGAUGAGGAAAUCGAUCCAAUCCCUAAAACAAUUAAUACAGAUUUGGAAAUAGUUGGGUUUAUAGACAUAGCGGAUAUCUCCAGUCCCCCUGUCCUGUCUAGGCAUUUGGUGUUGCCCAUUGCUCUCAACAAAGAAGGAGAUGAAGUGGGUCCAGGGAUUGCUGAUGAUGUUGAAGAUGAGAAUUCGGCUAACCAGAUAGCUGGCAAGAUCCCAAACUUCUGUGUGCUGCUUCAUGGGAGUCUGAAAGUCGAAGGCAUGGUGGCCGUUGUGCAGUUAGGCCCUGAAUGGUACGGGAUGCUGUACUCUCAAGCGGACAGCAAGAAGAAGUCGAACCUGAUGAUGUCUCUCUUUGAGCCAGGACCAGAACCCCUCCCUUGGCUGGGGAAGAUGGCCCAGCUGGGCCCCAUCUCGGAUGCCAAAGAGAACCCGUAUGGGGAAGACGACAACAAGAGUCCCUUUCCGUUGCAACCCAAGAAUAAGCGCAGUUAUGCGCAGAAUGUAACAGUGUGGAUUAAGCCAAACGGCCUCCAGACAGAUGUACAGAAAAUACUUCGGAAUGCAAGGAAACUCCCUGAAAAAACACAGACCUUCUACAAGGAGCUGAAUCGCUUGCGAAAGGCAGCCUUAGCCUUUGGGUUUUUGGACCUGUUGAAAGGCGUAGCGGAUAUCCUUGAAAGGGAGUGCACUCUCCUGCCGGACACAGCCCACCCAGAUGCCGCCUUCCAGCUUUCUCACGCCGCUCAGCAACUCAAAAUGGCAAGCAGCGGCACCUCAGAAUAUGCCACCUAUGACCGCAACAUCACGCCUCUGCAGACAGACUUCUCCAGCAGUGGGACAGAGCGUAUGUGAUGGCCCUUUGUUGGCCAGACCCAUCCUCUGAAGACAAACUCGUUCCAUCAUUAUUCACAUUUGCUUUCUUACUGUUCAGUCUCUCCUUGCUCGGCAAGAGUGGACUGGACUAUGUUAUUAAAUUUGUUCCACUUUUCUUCCUAUCGUAAGAACCUGGGGGAGAAUUUACAAAUCACUAAAACCAAUGCCGUACAGCUUGAAGUCAUUGCACACCCUUCCAAAGGUUUUCUGAACAAGGAAUGUGACAAGGCAUCAUUGAGCCUCUAGAGCCGCAGCAAGGGAAGUGCUGGCCUAGGUGCCUUGUUAGGUUAAUCACAGGCCACACAUCAAGUCGCAGAGAUUUCUGGUGUUAGGGCUGUGGUGCAUAGUUCUAAGAGUGGAGAUAAACCUCUGCUUGUCCCUGUGGCUUGAACAGAGAAUUCCCUCACCUCACAUUGCAUCAGGUGGUUGGCAAGUGGGCAACUUUGCCCCCUGUCAAAAUAGCCAAUAGAAGAGGGACAAGUUCUGGAUCUGGCUAGAUCCACUCCCACCCUCCCCUGUGCUCUAGAGAGGUUUGGCUGUGUAGAGAAAAAAAUCCCUUCUUGCUCUUUAUACAGUAUGACUGACAUGCACUUUUGACAUGUUUAGGAUUCUGGUUCUCAAAUGUUAGCAGUGUCUGAAUUCCCCAUGUCAGUAAUUAAUUUCACUAGCAUAGCUUACAAAAAUUCAACUCCGUUGUGAAUUUCAACUGCUGGAGCUCAGAAUUUCUAACAGCAAACAAAUUAGAGGGGAGAUGAGUAAGUUUACAUAUUGUCAAAGUGGAAACAGCAACCACAGUGCUAUCAAAUCAUUGCCUCUGUUUGCAAAAUUAGAUAUGAGCUUCAAGGACUGAGCUUGCUUUUAAGAAUUACAAUUCCUUGGCCACCUUGUGUCCCAGGGUUUAAAGUUCUUCGGCCCAAGCUAUUCCAGAACGUUUAUAUCACUUUAAAAUUUUAGUCCCAACAUUUUAUGCAUCUGGCAACAGAACACUUAGCUAGAGGGCUCUUAUGUGUCUGUAAAUAAGGGACAGGGAAUCUUUUCCGGUACUAGGAUUGCAUUAUGUAGGUGCAAAGCUGUAAGGAGCAGUACUUCUGUCUCCCACCCCAAAUUCUCUCUGGGCAGGGGUGUGGCAUGACUGAAGCAGCCUAGUGAGCCAGCACCACCCUCACACUAAGUUAUUCUUACAUAAUCUCAAGAGGCACUAAGGUUCUGCGCGGGUCCUUAUUUAUGACUAGCAGACAUAAUUUCAUAACUUACGCACAUAGGAGGCAUAAUUCAUUUGACCAUAAAUUGUGGCAGAGUAUCUGCCAUCGGCAUAAUUUAGGCAGUUCCCUCUUCACACCAAAGGCUGAUGGUUUGUCUUUAAAGGAAAAUUAAAAAAGCAGUUAUGUACAGUGGAAGUUUUUAAAUCUUUAUUAUUAGAAAUACACAUUCUAUUUGCCAUCUGAAAGACCAGCAAAUACAGAUUCGUGACAAAGUGCCUGCACCCUAGACUAAUUUUAAGAGAUGGAACUGCAACAGAAAGGCUGUGUGCGCUACCAUCGAAAGGUUGUGUUAAUACUAAGGCCUCAUUUGGGCUAUAUAUUCAAAGCAGUAUCAUGCCACUUUAAACAGUCAUGCCUCCCCCCCCCCAAAAGAAUCCUGGGAAGUGUAGUUUGUGAAGAGUGGUGAGAAUUGCUAGGAGACCCCUCUUAGAGCUACAGUGCCAGAGUUCCCUGGGAAGAAGGAUCUUGUUAAAUUAUUCUGGAAAUUGUAGCUCUGUGAGGCAAACGGGUCUCCUAACAACUCUCAGCACUUUAAUGAACUACAAUUUCCAGGAUUC